AACCUCUAUAUAAAGACGUAACUUAGGAUAGACUAUCAUAUCAUCUGAAGAAAGAAAAAGGGAUGAAUGAUGACAGCGAGAAUGAUUGUUUGAUAUGAGAAAUAAUGAAGUGUGGUCAUUUUUGAACUCCGACAAUGGCCAACUAGUUGGGGGCGGAGUAAAAUUUGUGGGUGACAAGUUUCCAGAUUCGAAUAGGUUUGAUACUUGUCAGCCACUGACAACUGUUAAAGAGGUAGACAAAGCGAGUCUUGGUGGCAAAAAAAGAUGUUUAUCCAACAAAAAUAAAGGCGAUAAUGAACGUGGUGAACCAAAGUCUGGUGAAGAUGAAGAUGGAGGUAGAGAAUCAAGUCAUGAGCUACACAUAUGGACGGAAACAGAAAGAAGGAAGAGGAUACGAAACAUGUUUGUGAAUCUUCAAACUUUGCUUUCUCAUCUUCAACCUAAGAAGGAAUUGUAUUUGUUCACCGGAGAAUGCCCUGACGUACUAUGUUGGUGGAAGACAUUCGAGAGGAAGGGCCGAGGAGUCGGGUAAAGUGCGGGAGCGUAGUUAAUAUUAGUAUAGGUUAGAUAGGAUUUAUCUUAGCAUUUUUCUAUUUUGGACUGUAUAAAUUGAACUAGACACUAUAUUUUGAUUCGUUUUAUUUUGUCUG